AGUUUUAUAUACAUUAUCUCACUUAACUUUCCACCACAAUCCUAUAAGGCUGUCACUCUUUUUAUCCCCAUUUUUCAUAAAGAAAGAAGAUGGAGGAAGAAUGACUCUCUGGAGUACGGGGCUGAGUGCUGGAUUCCGAACAUCCUUAAGGGACACACAAAUAAAUGGGCAUUUAAACAAUACACUAAAGAUGGGGUGGGAACACUGAAGUCAAGCCACAUAGGUUCCACAAAUUCUCCAAGAGUCCGUAUUUUCUACUAAGGAAUUUGCUCAACCACAUCCUAGUUGCCAAUGAGUGUGGAAUGAGUGUAACUUCGGACAUUGGAGAAGCUGAGUCGAGAUUAAAUGGAGAUUCCAUAGUUCUGUACUGAGGACAAGGAAGUGAAUGGUUAAGAAGCGCUGAGACCACUCCAAUCAUAAAAUCAUAUGAUUUUUGACCAGAAAGGGGAUUAAAUAAUGAAUUCAGUCCUCCAUUUUCACAGGUCCUAGAAAAAAAGUAAUUUGCCCACAUUCAUUCCCCUAGCAAGAGAGAAUGCAAAAGGAAUACAUUUCCCUAAAUUUUAGUUUCCAAAAGAGUCCAGUCUUCAAACUCAGAUUCUGGACAGGGAUAAUAAGAGACUAAUACCAAUGACCUUCAAAGUGAAACACAAACCUGGGGAGUGCUGGGGAAACAUAGGUAAAACUUAGAUUAUAGAGGAUAUAUUUUAAUGACAGUGUGAUGUAGUAUAGAAAUAUUUCCUAAGGAAACACUGAAGCUUGAGGCUCAGAGUUCACGCUUCCCCAAAGCAGCCCCAAAUCCCAAAGGUGAGAUGGCUCUCACCUGGACCUCGUGUGUGUUCCUCUACCCUCUGGCUGGAAGCAGUCACCUGGGAAUCUUUCCAGCAGGUGGCUUCCAAAGUCCAACCUGUUAGGUUGAAAUCUGACACUGACAGAGACUCCCCGGGAGCCGCUGCUGAAAGCUGAACCGGGAACCAGGAAAUGCACAAGCCUCUUUCGGUGGAAGAAGAGCUGGGCUCCCUAGAAGACAGAGCACCAUGGGAAACCAGCUCUGCUGCGGGGGAAGCUGGAGCUGUACAUCAACUUUACAGAGGAAAGAGAAAAUAGGGAGCCAAGCAAGACGAACACUGAGGUUGCAGCAGCAGCAAAUCUCCCUUAACGCUGUUCGUUCCUCUCAGGACACAAUGGGACACAUGUACGAGCAGGUGUUACAGCAGCCUGCGUCUCAGCAGAGGAGCCGUCAAAGCCUCAGGUCGGAGGACAGCGGCUUGUAUUAUGCAGACAUUCAACUGUACAGCCUUCCCCAGCCACGCUCUGUCCAGGAGGUGAAGCACCUACAGUUAAAAAAUGCUACGGAGUAUGCGACCCUUCGCUUCCCCCAGGUGACACCUCGCUAUGACAGCAAGAACGGGACCCUUGUGUGAACCCUGAUGGGGAGGCACUACCUGUCGGCAUCAUUUCAUCACUACGGCUCUGGGGGACUGGCUGGCAGCCUAAGAACAGUGGGCACGUUUUAGGCUUAAAGAACUCCAGAGCCCCCGGAAUUGCAAACUCCCAGUCCUGUGCUCUGCCUCGGCCUAUCUCUUAGUUGUCACCAUUAGCAAAUAGCUAAUAACACCAUUAGCUUGAGUUACCUGGGGGUGGAUGGAGUUGUACAGGAUGAGGGUGCUAGGUUGAGUGUGCAAGAAGGUGGGCUGUUGACCCCUAUCUUUGCUCCUGCCCUCAGGGAAAGUGCAGAAAGAACAGGUUCCCCUUGAAGCACUUGCACUUAAGCUGACUUUGUUGGAGUUCGUUUGAUGGUAUCCCUCCUACACACCUUCAGCUCCUAACCAGGACUCUUGUACACAGCUCCUAGAUCUGGGUUGGGCAAUUUCCUCAGAGGCUGGGUCAAAAGGGUCCAGACCCUAUACGAACAAGUGAGGGCGGGACUGAAGCAUGGAGCAAGCGUUUUUGGACCAUCGAUUGCAAGAACGUCAAGUCACUGAUGUCGACAGCACUGUGAGGCCCAGAAACUUCCCCUUAAGCUGGACUGUUUUCUCUCACGGGUGCGGAGCCGUUAGGAUCAAUAAAUCGCAUAAGGAACCUG